CCCGUCAAACUUUCUUCCCUCCUACGUAGCUAUCGAAGCAGGGAGACGUUCACUGGAGUAGGAUCGAUGUGCAUAUAAGGCUGCCUGCCUCGCCAUACAGCCACCAUCAGGUGAGGAGAUGGAGGAACUGAGGAGAGGGCCUUGGACCGUAGAAGAAGACCUAGUACUCAUCAAAUACGUCACCGAGCAUGGCGAUGGCCAGUGGAACGCCCUCGCUCGUCUUGCGGGUCUGAAACGAACAGGAAAGAGCUGCAGGCUUCGAUGGCUCAACUAUCUUCGCCCGGACAUCCGGCGAGGAAACAUCACGCCCGAUGAGCAGCUCCUCAUCCUCGAGCUCCAAUCUCGCUGGGGAAAUCGGUGGUCGAAAAUAGCACGUUGCCUACCGGGCCGGACCGACAACGAAAUCAAGAACUACUGGAGGACUCGCGUGCAGAAACACGCCAAGCAACUGCGGUGCGACGUGAACAGCAAGACGUUCAGGGACGCCACGCAGCAUCUGUGGAUGCCUCGCCUCCUAGAGCGGAUCCGGGCGGCCUCCGGCAGCGCUCCUUCCGCCGACCCUCCGCCCUACUCGCUCUCGCAGCUGCUCCCGCCCUGCCCGGAAAAGAUGGCUGCCGUAUCGUCGUCGUCGACGUCGACGUCGGAGGAUGACUCGCUGCUGACUCAGUUCUCGUUCUUCACCACCGUGCAAGGCGGCGAGAUGGUCCAGUUUGACGAGCAGGUCCUCGACGUUCAUGGUGCCACCGGCGCCGGUUGGACGGAGUCUCCAAGCACUUGUCCCACAAACUAUGGUGACUUUGAGCAAGGUGGAUGGGCAUCAGCCGACCUGCUAAGCGGUGAUUACAUGUGGAGCAUCGAGGAUCUACAAUUGUGUCAAUGAUGUAAUCAUCAACAACAGAUGUAUUCGAAGUAGCUACAUAAAUUCCAUGUUUUCACGAUCAUCAAGAACUGCCGAGAAGCUUUAGCUAGAAGAA